AGAGGGAGAGGGAGGAAAGGAGAGAAGGAGCCCGAGAGCUGCUAGGAUGAGCGCCUCGGCGGCUACCGGGGUCUUCGUCUUGUCCCUCUCUGCCAUCCCGGUCACUUACCUUUUCAACACCUUGGCAGCCAGCGGCAGCUCCUGGCUGAUUGUAACGUUCGGAUCGUUGAUUCUGCUCUUAGUAGGUGUAGCAGCUCGGUUUUUGGUGAAAAGAAAGCCACCACGAGACCCACUAUUUUAUGUCUAUGCCGUGUUUGCUUUCACCAGCAUUGUGAACUUGAUCAUUGGCCUUGAACAUGAUGGAAUAAUAGAUGGAUUCAUGACGCAUUACUUGAAAGAGGGCGAACCUUAUCUGAACACUGCUUAUGGCCACAUGAUCUGCUUUUGGGAUGGCUCCGUUCAUUAUCUGAUGUAUCUCUUGAUGGUGGCAGCGAUUGCAUGGGAGCAGAAUUACCGGACGAUUGGCCUCUAUUGGCUGGGAUCCAUCAUGAUGAGUGUCAUGGUCUUUGUGCCAGGAAAUGUUGUGGGAAAAUACGGGACAAGAGUUUGUGCUGCGUCUUUGUUAAGCAUCCCGCACAUUUGCCUCCCGAUAUGGGCUGGAUUCAAUAUCUAUAAUCAACCUUCAGCAACGGGGGACUCAUCGGCCAAGGCAAUUCAAAAAGUGCAGCAAAAGAGACUUUGGAGAAGACCUUUAGACCUACUGCUGGCUGUCUACUUUGUUUUGGCGACGGGUUUUUGCCUGUUCAGAGGCAUGAUUGCCUUGGACUGCCCAGCUGAGCUGUGCCGACUUUACAGCCAGCUUCACGAGCCAUAUAUCAGGGAUCCUUCUGCCUAUCCCAAACUUCAGAUGCUGAUUUAUAUGUUCUAUUCGGUACCAUGCUACAUGAUCUCACUUUACGGCCUGCUUGUGCCCGGAUGCUCCUGGAUGCCUGACUUAAGCCUUAUACAUGCUGGAGCAUUAGCCCAGGCCCAGUUUUCACACAUCGGUGCUUCCUUACAUGCUAGGACACCUUACAUCUACAGAGUCCCCGAAGAAGGGAAAAUGUGGUUUCUGGCACUCAACGUAACAUAUGGACUCCUUCCUCAGCUGUUGGCCUAUAGGUGUGUUCAGAACCCAGAGUUUUUCGUGAAAGCGAAGCUCGAAGAGAAGGCAGAGUAGGAAGGCCGGAUGUGUAAAUGGGUGCAACUGGACUACCUGUAAAAAAACCUCUAUGCAGUUCAUCCUGGAAGAUGUUAUUACAGAAGUUAUAGUUUGAUGUACCAGUGCUGAAAAUAAAAACUUCUAUCUUUCAGAGCACUUUACAAGACUUGCUUUUGUCACUCUGGAGUUGACUGUUAAGUACAUACCUUUCAUUGCUUGGAUAUGCUGCAAAUCCCAUACUCUGCGUGGAUAUCAGCCAGCAAGCCAAUGCCUUAAAUCAAGAAAUUAGCUUCCUAAGAUCUACAGAGAUACUUGCAGGAACACCUCAGCAAGUGAGAGUCCAAAAGUGGCAGGUUAAAACCCAGAAUCUCAAUCAGUGACUGAGACCGGAUGAGAGACUCCCUCCUGGGCACGCAGAAGACUGGGCGACUUGGAAGGUGCUGAACAGACCGCGCUCUGGCACCAAAAGAUGCAAAGCCAAUCUUCAGAAAUGGGGCUACAAAGUGGAGUCCACGACGUGUGAGUGCGGAGAAGAGCAAACCACAGACCACUUAUUACAAUGCAGCCUGAGCCCU